CAUUGGUCUAGUGGUAAGAAUGCAAUCAAAAGUUUGGUACUUAAGUGGAGAAGGGCGGGAUCAUUAUCCAUGAGUUAUGGACCGUAUCACUGGGCCCUUGAGGAUUUCUCAGUUAUUAAAGGAAAUAGUCAGCUUCUGUGAGAUGGAGUUUCUGUGGCUCCUCUUCAACACCUUACAAUUUUCUAUGAGGUAAGUAUGGUCUUGCUUAAAUAUGUUCUUUUUCUUUAUAGAAUCUUUUAUCAUCAUAUAUUUUCUUGUCACUCAAUUUUGACAAGAAAGAAUAUAUUUCACUAAUUUCUAUGGAAAAAGAUGUCAAAGACAGAUUAACUGAACUAGUAUCGCAAACCUUUUAUAUAUAUAUAUAUAUACUUCAGAGACUGGUUGCUGAACCAUCAACAUCUUCAAGAUCCGAUAACAUUCUUCAGAGACUACUUACUGGUGUUUUACAUGCCAAGGAUGAUAAUGCCCGUAAAGAGAUGAAAAAAGUGAUAUCUAGUUUGCUAAGAGAAAACACUAGCAAUAGUAGCAGUCAUGAAAGUAAUCUUGAUAUCUCAAGGGAUACUAAUUUUUGUCAUAGAUGCCUCACUUCGCUAAUACUUAGCUUGUUUGAAGCUACAUCCGUGGAUGACAACAGGCAGCAGGACCAAGGGGUUCUGAUGGGUGAGAUUGCUCGUGAAGCAGACAAUCUGCAGUGGCUAGUUGAUAUCCUAAUCGACAGGAAAAUGGGGGAUGAGUUUGUGAAACUAUGGGCAGAACAAAAAGAACUUUCCAUUCUUCACUCCAAGAUUCUCACCAUGUAUCGACAUGAAAUCAGCAAGAUCACUGCACAACUUUGCAUUGCAAUUGGUAGGGGAAAUUUGUUAGUGCCAAAAGAUGUUAGAUACUGUUUGUUAUCAACAUGGCUGGAAAGUCUAUAUGACGAUUUUGGGUGGAUGAAGAGGGCUGGUAAAUCUAUUGACAAGAAGCUGGUUGAAGAGGGACUUGGUCAGACUAUUCUAACACUACCCUUGGCUCAACAACAAACCAUUCUGCUUAACUGGUUUGAUCGAUUCCUUAACAAAGGAGAUGACUAUCCCAAUAUUCAGAGAGCUUUCGAAGUUUGGUGGAGAAGGUCAUUUGUUAAACAAUACACAGCCGAUUCUCAGUUACAAUUAGCUAUCUUUGAUUAUACAGAGUGAGAAGGAGAGAUUGUACAAUGUCAAUCUUGGUUUGUUACAUGCUCCUAUACACCAAUGUAUAUAUGAAAAUGCAUGCUCCCACCAUUUUUUCAAACAAACAAUCAUGUAGUUCAGUUUCUGUUGUAAAUUUGGAUCUUCAGUUUGUCUGAUGAUUUAUCUAUAAAGAGAGGGAAGGGCAGCA